CUGGGUAUAGUACAGCCUGGGUUUAGUAUAGUCUGGGUUUAGUGUAUUCUGGGUAUGAUAUUUUGGGUAUAGUGUAUGGAGGUGCAGUUCAGUGCAGUAUCGCAGGGGGCGCUGUAGUUCAACAGCAGCGGGUCUGUAAAAACAGAUACAGCAGAAGAAGCUCCGCAGUGUUUCUGAUCAGGAUCAGCUGCUGCAGGAACUCCUGUCCAACAGAAUUCUGAUUCACUUCGCAUCAAGAAAGACAUUAAUUAAUUGAAAGUCCAUUUUCCAAGGAAUAUGGAGUCGAUAAACGUGAGCACUGAGGAAACGUCCUCCACCUGCCAAAUCCCUGCAUCCAUCAAACAGGAAGAAACUGCUACAGAUAAAGGAAGUUCUAUCGAGUGUUUAGAGUGUGGAAAGACGUUUACUCGACCGAGAUCUCUCCGAGUUCACCAGCGCAUUCACACCGGCGAGAAACCCUAUCAGUGCGUCUUCUGUGGGAGGUGCUUCACUGUACAGAGUGCUCUGAAAGUUCACCAGCGUAUUCACACUGGAGAGAAACCGUAUCAGUGCUCAGAGUGUGGGAGGAGCUUUAGAGAGAGUGGUGCUCUCAGGAAGCAUGACUGUGUUUUUCUAGGGGAGAAACCGUAUCACUGCCCGGUCUGCCAGAAGGGUUUUACCGUACAGGGGAACCUCCAGGCUCAUCUGAGAAUUCACAGUGGAGAGAAACCGUUUUACUGCUCAGUCUGCGGAAAGAGUUUCACCCAACAUAAUAACUUUCAGGCCCACCAGCGAAUUCACACCGGAGAGAAACCCUACCAGUGUUUGGAGUGCGGGAAGAGUUUUAAUGAACAGGGUUAUUUCCGAGCGCACCAGCGCGUUCACACCGGAGAGAAACCGUAUCAGUGUUUAGACUGUGGGAAGAGUUUUACUCAGCAGGGUAAUCUACAGAAACACCUCCGGAUUCAUACUGGAGAGAAACCCUUUCACUGCGAGGAGUGCGGCAAGAGCUUCACCCAGCAGGGGAAUCUCCAAAUUCACCAGAGAGUUCACACCGGAGAGAAACCGUACGAGUGCUCAGAGUGCGGGAAGAGCUUCACCUUCCAGACGGCUCUCCGGAGGCACCAGCGCGUUCACUUCGUAGUGAUAAAGUGUUAAACCCAAUUUAUACUUCUGCGUCGAACCCACGCCAUAGUCUACGCAUAUCCAGCGGGAAUGCACUACAUAGCAGAGCGUGUUUAUACUUCUGUGUGCGCAUAUCAGAGGCUCUGCAGUUUAAACCGCAAAGGCGGGAAUGUGUGGGAGGGGACCAGAGGCCGGAUGGACCAAUCACAGUUGCGUCUGUCUGCGUCACGCGAUAUGUAGUUACAUUUCCAAAGAGGUGAGCGUCGAGCUAUAGCGUAGGCUAUGGCAUAGAGUACAUGGUGAUGCAUAGGUUACGGCGUAGGUUUGACGUAGAUUAGAACGCUCAGAGCACAAUCAUUCAUAUGGUGUGUUAAAAUAAACACAGAAAUGUUAAUGUUUAUAUACGUCACUUUCAAAAUUCUGUCAGCUAAGAUCAACACUUAGAAGUUUGUUUCACACUAUCUAUUUUCACUCUUUGGCUGAUUGUAGCAGCAGUGGAAUUUUACCAGAAUCCAGACUUUUAGGCUGCGUUCACAUUACCAGGCUGAAUGUGGCUCAGAUCUGAUUUUUUUUCGUGGCUGUGUGAACGUGCCGAAUCUGAUUAUGAAAGAGGCAUUUCACAUUACACACAGAUACAGAUCACCUACAUUUACAGUGAAUGUGAACCGUCAAGAUAGACAAAUCUGAGAAAAAAAUCUGAUUUGAGUAAUGUGAACGUAGUCUAAGAUCUUCAGGAUUCUUCUGCAUUAUAUUUAUUUUUCUUAUUCUAUAAAUGUAAAGACUUGCCUCAAAAUCUACUGGAGAAAAGUUAAAAGGUAGUGAGAUAAGAGCAUCUCUUCAAAUCCUCAAUGUUCAAAUUUUCUCUCAUCAGCAAGGAGAACCAGUAAUCCUUGAGGAUCAGAACUGAUGAAAUGGGCACUCAAAAUGUCCCAAUGCUAUGAAUCACAUGACUUUUGUUGGGAACUGAAGAUCUUUUUAUCUGUCUUUGUUAAAAAUACCAAUAGAGGGCGCUGUACAGAGUCUCAGCCUGGGGACAGAGAGACAUUCAUCAGUGUAGUUAGUUCUUAAAAACAGAUUUUAAUAAGAACAGGUUUGUCUGCAUGUAUUAUAUAUUGAAGUGAUUUUAUACCUCAUACUAAUCUAUAAUUUAUAAAGUAACAUAAAAGUGAGGAAGUGUGUGUUUGGUAGAUCUGAUGUGUCUUUGUUGCUUGUUGGUAAUAAAUCUUAUAAUGUUUGAAAGUCUGUUAGAUUCUCUAUUAAAUGGAGAAACGUUUGUAAGGAAGGUGUAUCUGUGGGAGAAGCAGCAGAGCUCAAUAUUUGAGUUUAAUCCAUUAAAAAAUUAUCCAAAUCUCUUCUUUACCAAACCGAUUAUUCUGCCUUUCCCUCGUUUGGUGUUUGAGGAUCUUCUUGAGAUGCCCAUCUCUUAGUUUCUCAGGAGGUUCUGGAUAAUUUUCUCUUUUAUAUAUAUAAAUAUCCUCUGUGAUUUUAUUCCCGUCCAGAACGAUCAUGUAGGUGUUUUUCUCAGACGUCCUCUGAGAAAAUUACAGGCUGAAUUAUCUACUGUUUUUCUCUGAACUCCGUGCUCCUCCGGUAAUUUUAGUCCCGUCCGGACGCACAUCUCUGAGUUUCGUCUCCUCGCCUUUAAUAAAAUAGAUAUUUAUCCACUGCCGCGCACCGUAAUUACACUUUGGACGCUCCACGGUUUCCACGGAGAUCCACAUUAAAAACACAACAGUGAGUGGAAAUGGAGGAGCUACUGAACGCCGUGAUGAUGUCAUGUGACUGAGAAAAAAAAGACUAAAACCUCACUGGUCCUCCUGUUUUUAUAAUUGCAGUCCGGAUGCAGGAGUUUUAUUACUGAGUAGAAGUGUGAAAUAUUUUACACAGACGUCCCCCUGAGAAACUAAUUAAGAAAUAAUCUACCAAACACACAUUUCUUCAGUCUUUGUGAUAUUGUCUAAAAUAAGCCAGUUUUAGUUUACUGGUGAUAUUUAUAGCUUUUGGUAGAAGUGAUAUAUUUAUUAGAUUAUUUGCUUUUCUGCCUUUAAUGAAAGUACUGCUGGUUUCUGUGUGCCUAUAUUUGAUGUGUGAGUGAAUAUGAAGUAUAUUUUGGUUAUUAAGUGUAUUAAUGCUUGUUUUCCUGAUCUACAGGAAUUGUAAAUUGUGUGCAAUAUAUUCUGGAUAGUUUUUUAACUAUCAAAUUAACACACUUUAUAUUUUUAUUUUGAGCUGUGGAAACUCAUAACACACAAUCAUCUGUUUAACCAGUGCUGUGGAACUUUAUAUUCUGCGAAAUUGAUCAGAUUCUGAGUUUCUGGCCUGUAGCUCUUCAUCAUUUAAAUCAUUUCAUAAUCAUUUAAACAUAAAUGUAUAUAUUUAUUCUGCUUUACAGUGUGGUGUAAUAACUAUCCUACUGUAACUCUUCAGUCAUAAAACUCAUGAUAUAUUUAUAUAUAAAUGUUAUACCAACAUCUUUUUAAUUUUUACUAAUAUAUUAUUUGAAUUAUGCAUUUUCUCUAUACAUUUCCUGUAUUACUCCAGUAUUUCAGAUAUUGUUUGUUAUUAGACUCAUUUUACCUGUGUGCACAUUUUGUUUGUACUAAUACUAAAUAAUAGUUUAACACUUUUUAACAUGAGUUGAAAACAUUUCUAUUUAUAUUGUUAACAAAUGCUUUUUGUGUUUACCAUUAAAUGUUACUUAUUAUGA